CUCUCUGCACUGAAACGAUCGAUUCCAUUCCAUUGACCUCCAGUUGUGCCUUCUAUCCACUGCUACUCGUCGUGCCACCCUCGGGAUGGGUUCUAUCGAAGCAAAACUGUGGUGAAAUGAUCGAUCUGGAGCCGUUCGCAGUACCUCCGGUCCUGUACUUCGAUCUUGCUGAGGAGGAUCGACUCUAUACGCUGCUGUUCCUGGAAUUUGGACACCACGGACGCCACUAUCUACGGUGGCACGUCGCGAACCUAUCGGGCGCACUGCUACUUCAAGGCAUGACGUACAUGGAUGGUGAUACGGCGCUGGAUUAUUUACCUCCCGUUCCGCGAUCAUCCUCCACCGAUGUCGAUGAUGCCGCCGACGAUGACGCUGAUGACGAUGAUGUUGAUGGGCAGCCGGCACGCUACGGGUUCUAUCUCUACGAACAGGUUUACGGCACGAUCUAUCUACCAACUCCAGCGGGGAGCAGCGACGAUCGUUUCGAUCUAGACGCCUGGAUCGGUGCGAUCUAUCGCGAGGGUGCCCUGUGCGGUCCAGUUGCAUCGAUCGGCUUCGGUGCUUACGCUAGCCAACCGGUGACCGCCUCCUAA